UUCUGGGAGCAGACCCAAUUCACCAAUUAGCAAUCAGAGUAACUCACAAACCCCUAAGCAUCAAAAUAGAAAUCAAAAUGGCCGAAGAUAUGGAUAACAAUCUGCCCCCUUCUGUAGAGUCUUCAACCAAUAAUGGAUCCGAGGAGCACAAGUCCAAGGAUCUCUCAGUGAGUAGCGAUUCGAUUCGUCACCGUUUUCUGGAAUUUUUUGCUUCCCGUGGUCACAAGGUUCUUCCUAGUGCUUCUCUGGUCCCAGAUGAUCCCACAGUUCUACUAACAAUUGCUGGAAUGCUUCAGUUCAAGCCUAUAUUCCUUGGCCAGGUUCAAAGACUAGUACCUCGUGCAACAACUUCUCAAAGGUGCAUUCGCACUAAUGAUGUGGAGAAUGUAGGUAGAACAGCUCGGCAUCAUACAUUCUUCGAAAUGCUUGGCAACUUCAGUUUCGGAGAUUACUUCAAGAAGGAAGCAAUCCAAUGGGCAUGGGAGCUUUCGACUGAAGAGUUUGGAAUACCAGCUGACAGGUUGUGGGUUAGUGUCUUCGAAGAUGAUGAUGAAGCUUUCGAAAUCUGGCAUCAUGAGGUUGGUGUUCCUGUGGAGCAUAUCCAGAGAAUGGGUGAAGAAGACAACUUUUGGACUAGUGGAGUUACCGGUCCAUGCGGUCCAUGCUCCGAGAUUUAUUAUGAUCUCCAUCCUGAGAGGGGAUAUUUAGAUGCAGACCUCAAUGAUGAUACCAGAUUUAUUGAGUUUUACAAUUUGGUUUUUAUGGAGUUCAACAAAAAGGUUGAUGGUUCACUUGAGCCCUUGAAACAGAAGAACAUAGAUACCGGACUUGGCCUGGAGCGUGUGGCUCGAAUCCUUCAGAAGGUCUCGAACAACUAUGAAACUGACUUGAUCUAUCCAAUUAUAGAGAAGGUCUCAGAAUUAGCAAAGGUAUCAUAUAGCCAAGCAAAUGAGCAGUACAAACUGAAUUUUAAGAUUGUCGGAGAUCAUCUACGUGCAAUUGUGUAUCUCAUAUCAGAUGGCGUUGUUCCAUCAAAUACCAAAAGAGGGUAUGUCCUUCGAAUGCUUAUCAGAAGGGCGGUUCGUGCAGGCAGGUCGCUUGGUCUAAAGGGAGAUUAUCAGGGAAACCUUGGAGAAACAGUUCUACCGGUCAUUGCAGGGAAAGUAAUUGAGAUGAGCAGCCUUAUUGAUCCGGAUGUGAAAGAUAAAGCAGGCCGAAUUCUUGAGGUGCUGCAAAGGGAAGAACUUGUGUUUCUGAAGACAUUGUGCAAAGGAGAGAAGAAGCUUCACCAAAUGCUAGAUGAGGCAUUAUCGAGAGCGGAGAAAAGUGGGAGUAUGCCUUGCUUGUCAGGCAAAGAAGCAUUUGUCUUGAAAGAUACAUAUGGAUUUCCUGUUGAACAAACAAGAGAAGUGGCUAAAGAACAUGGUGUAGGUAUAGAUAUGGAUGGCUUUGAUACUGAAAUGGAAAACCAAAGGCGUCAGUCCAAGGCUGCAAACAAAACUGUUGAAGUUGUCGGAUGCACUUGAAAAGGCUUGGCUCCGGAAUCAUUGACUCAUUCUGCAAGCUAUCAAAUAGGAGUCCCUGUACAGUUGUACGUUGUCUAAGGCUACAAAUUAAUGUAUAUAGUAGAUGUUUAAAUAUCACUUGGUCUAGUUCUUUAGGAUUAAGUACUGUUACAUAUACAGAUGGCCUAAGCUCAAAUCUGGGUUGUUGGGUCCUAUAUUGUGGGCCUGUAGGGAUGAUGUCUUGCUACCCUCAUUUGUCACUUAGUGAUGAAGGUGGGCCUGACCUGAGAUGUGGACAUUCUUAGGCUUUCAGGUCGACUUAGGGUCCAUGACUAAUCGUUUCGGAUCAUGACUUUUAUGGGAGUUGGUAAUUAUCUGGAAUAAGAUUGGUUGUCAAGCUGCUUAUGGAUAAGAAGUUGCUCCUAUUUGUUUCAUGGGAAGUGGCGUUCUAUUGGUACCACAAUUGUGUGCUUGGCUAAUGGGAGGCUAGUUAUGACUUUGCCCUAGCAGACACGGAGUAGUUCUUUGUGUUAUAAGCUCGCUGCUGUAGAUAACUCAAAACAGACUUGUAAUGAGUUUGCAUUUACUUGAUGGAGUUCGGGAUUUGUCCAUAUCCUAUUCAAGUUCA